AUGAAGGCGAUAAAGUAUAUCGGCCCAGGGACGGUACUGUUGAUGCUUCGACGUCACCAUAUCCGUAACUGUGUUUACUAUGAUAGUGAUCUUCAGGAAGUGGAAGUGUUGAAAGUGGAAGUUGAGACAUUCAAGCGCGUAAAUGCACACCUCAAAAAGGAAACCGAAAAGCAGUGCACCGAGCUCGCUACAUUGAAGCGGGAGUCCGACCUGCAAUUGAGGAGACACGCAUGGAAAAUGGAGUCACUGCAAAAACGUUUGGAUGAAAUGGCUGCCCAAAUGAAAAAUGUGGAAGAUGCACUAGCUUCCAUCUUCACCAAAGGGCAGAUAGCGAAGCUGAAGUCUGGGUCGAAGGCGACGAAAAUGGGCAGAAGAGGAUAUUGCGAAGUCAAUAUCGUUGUAUGCUGCCAGUCCUAA